AUGUCUUACGAAUACGACAGCCGGUACCACCACCGCCCGCGCCAUGACUCCCACUAUACAUCAAGAGAGACGGACCCCUAUGGCUAUGCGAGGAGCGACAAGACUCUAGCUGAGGCGCGCGAGCAGCUGGCAGACAUGCGCCAGAGCAAUCCAUACACUUCGUCCUACAGCUCGUCCUACAACACCUACACCUAUGAGCCCCGCACUUCUCCACCCCUGCCACCUCGACGACCCGCGCCGCAUUCGUACAGGUCGCACAGGCAGGAGCAGACAUGGCCGCCGUCACCGAGCGUCGAGGAUGAGAGGGAGGCGCUAGCAAAAGAGGCGCCGUCCUCCGUGGGGUCGCCAGGGCAGGCCGAGGGUGAGCCGCCGAGCAACACGCGGGGCACCGUCGACCAAGACUCCCUGCUCGACGAGAUUGAGCAGCCGAGCGUCGCACAACACGACCGCCGCUAUGUGCUUGUUUCCGAAUCCAGCACCGAUGACGAUGGCAGCACGCUUCGGGAUCGGCGCCGACGCAGCUUUGCUGACCGUGGGGGCAUGUCGCACAUCAACACCGACGUCCCAGACCCUCCCGUCUUUACUGAGCGCGUGAGGGCCCCCUAUGGCUACUCGAAGCCCCAAAAGGAAUCCACGGCGCCUUCCCCUACGGCCGACUACAUGCGCUCGCCAGAUCCGAUUACCCCAUCACACAGCAGCCAUCCCAGGUCAGAUGCAAGCAGACCGUCGAGACCGAUGCCAACUGAAAGCCGACACAAUUCCUACACGUCGCCGGCGUCAAAGAAAGAAUACGUAUUCGACUCUGACUCUGACUCCGAAGCGCACAGCACGACCCACCUGCGAACCGAACGAAAGCCCGCGCGUUACAGCUUCGUGAAGAGCGAUCUACAAAGGGAGGAUCUGAGGACAAACCUGCGCGAUACACAGGACAGGCCUGAACCGCGUCGACACGACUCCGGGCAGCGUCCCCUGCCGACGAUACGUAAGGACAACAAGAACUUCAACAUCUGCCCUAGUUGCUACGACGGUGUCUUCGCCGGUACACCCUUCGACGUGGACUUCAGACAGAUAUGGUUGAACGACUAUUCGAUGGAGCGGAGCUGUGACUUCAGCAGCCCAUGGGCACGUCUUGCAUGGCUGUUGACGCUUCAGCGAGGUCGCAAAUCGCUCGAUCUGAUCUACGCCAUUGCAGGUGUCAUGGACACAGUAGCCAAACCGUGUCCUGGAGAUCGUGAGGCUGGUGCAGAAGACCGCAUUAGCUGGUACGGCAUUACAAAUCCACGCGACGGUACUCGUGUAGCCAACUUUGCUAUAUGCUCGAGCGACAGGAGGAUGCUUGAGGCCUUGUUGCCUUCUCUUCGUGGUUGCUUCGCUAAGAUGCCGAAGGACGACAGGCACGUAUGCAGCUUGCGUACAAGCUCAACUCGAUUCCCGAAGUAUCUAGAUCUGCUCGUCGAGCUAGACGCCGAGGCUGAAUUGUCCGGUCAACUACCUGAUCUGAGCCGCUUCGUCCUAUUGCUCCGCGAGAAUUCUUACAAAGGCGAGUGCCAAAGGUACAAGAUCUUAUUCCGCAAACCAUGGCACUUCAUCCCUUCGCUACCAGAGUUCACAGUCUGUGAGCAAUGCUACGACGAGCUCAUCUGGCCCGCCACACAGUCCAGAUCCACGUCGUCGUCCAUACCGCACAUGUUCAACAAGUCGAUCCAGCUAGUUCCCGGCGAAGACCCCGAUGUCGGAUCAAGCUGCUGUCUGUGGAGCCCGAGGAUGCGUGACGUCUGGAAGGAAGCUGUCAGGUACGACGACUUUUCUUACCUGAAGAGCCAAGCGAAGGAGAGAAAGAGGGCAGAGUCCAAGUAUAUGAGAAACAGAAAACAUAUUAUGACGUGGAUGGGCGACGCGGAAAAGGGGACUAGGAAGUGGAAGGAAGCAGAGGAUGCGAUGAGGGAACUGAAAAAGACACCCAAAGACCUUACAGCACCCGCUGAGCGUGGGGCAGAUGCCCCCCAAUCCAUCCUCACGCGGGACCAAAAGCGUAAUGAACGCAAAGAGCGCAUACGCAGCGUAGUCAGGGAGAAUGCGCAACUCAAGCGCGACGUCAAGGAAAGGGAUAACAUGAUCUCUCGAUUGCAAGAGUUUCAUCAGGCAUUGGAGAAAGACUUGGCUGAUGAGAAGCGGCAGCUGAAGGCCUCGAGAGAGAACGUAUGGAGUGAGAGGCGAGAAGUGAGGCUGUUGCGUACGGAGUUGACGAGUGUACAAUGGCAACUGGAAAGCCUCCGUGCGUUGCUUCCUGAUAGUGACCUUGAAUGGCGCUACGGUGGAAAUAAUUGGCAUGACGUUUAUGGUGAUAAGCGGUACGAUGACGAGGAGGACGAAGAAGAGGACGAAGAGGCGCAUGAGGAAGAGGAGGAUGACAAUUCCAUUAAGAGGGAGGUUCAGGCGACUGCACGGCGAUAUAGAGACAUGCUCAGGGACAGAUGA